CUCGUCACCUUCUCCGGGACGCUGCUCCACUCGCCAGUCCGGGGGGGGGGGGGGGGGCGGAAACAAAAACACCCACGGCGGCGACGGCUCGCUCCCGCUCCUCUCCUCCUUCCACUGCUGCCACUACGCCUCCUGCCUCCGUUGCGGUCUCGUUCCUGGACGGCGCUGCGAUCGAUCAAGGCCAGCCUCUCCCCGAGUCUAGUAUUUCUUGGUUUUAUGGGAAGGUUUGGCGUUUUAAAAUCUAGGUUAGCGACGACUUUGGUGGGCUGGGAGUAACAAAUUAGCUUUGGGUUAAGCAUCUUCUUUUCUUACCCAACCCGCUAGAGAUAGAUACUUGCGAUUUCCCAACUGGUUGGCGCCGUGUCAUCCUGGUUGAUGGUGGAAUGCGCCCCCGCUUCCCUUCCGGGCAAUCAGGACUUCGCCACAGGAAGCUUGGCAAUGGAGAUGAGAGCCCGGGAAUCUGUAAACAUGUCAGAGGACCUAACUGGGGCGAUCACACCUUACGCCAUCGCCCUACAUGACACAUUCCUCCACUCCCAUUGCUCAUCAUGCUUCCGCAAGUUACCGCCACAAUCCCCCUGUGUCAUGUCUUGCCUGACGUGCUGCACUGUUCGAUACUGCAGCUCUGACUGCUUAAGAUCAGAUUCUGGGGUGCAUUCAUCUUCUGGUGAAUGUUAUUUCUUUGCGGACCAUAUCAAGAAAGCCUCCCCCUCCUAUGUUACUGAAGGAACAAGUGAUUUACGUGCUGCCCUCCGCCUUCUUUAUGUGCUUGAGAUAUGUGAUCUUGUUUCUUCUGAUUCAAUCAACCACUCCAGUAGAAUUGGUGGACUUUCAACUUUUGGUAUUGAGGAAGCUCUGGAGGACGGUGAGGAGGUUGCUGACAGGAUACUGGAGGGGAGCUUGUUGAUGUCAUCUGCUAGAAAAUCAAGGGCACAGACUUCUGUUGGGCUUAAAUUUGAGAGGAUGGUAUUGUGGGCAGUGAUUACCAAUAGUGUUGAGGUUCAGCUUAGUGAAGGGCUAGCUAUGGGAAUUGCAGUGUAUGGUCCGAGUUUCUCAUGGUUCAACCAUAGCUGCUUUCCCAAUUCUUCUUACCGGUUUGUUUUGGCUUCGAGGAAUGAAGACUGUAAUUCACACAUAUCAAAAUCCCGUGUAGUCCCUUCUAGUAAAGAAGUUGUGGCAGAUGCGUGGCAUGCUUGGCAGUACGAAGCAUAUGGUUCUACUCAUGCACUUUGCAAAUAUGGUCCAAGAGUUAUUGUUCGUUGCACAAAACCAAUUGACAAGGGAGAUGAAGUUUGCAUAACAUACGUUGAUCUUCUCCAGACCAGGGAAGCAAGGCAUUCAGAUUUGUGGUCAAAAUAUAAAUUUGUUUGCUCUUGCAAACGCUGUAUUGCAUCGCCAAAGCCGUACGUGGACCUUAUUUUGAAUUGCGCCUCUAGGGACUUGAGUAAACCAGAAGAUGCUUCUGCAGCUCCAGCAACUGAGCAUUUGGAUGAUGUCUUACAACAGGCAAUAUCUGAAUACUCUUUGGGUGAUGACCCUAAAGCUUGCUGUGAUAUGAUUGAAAGCAUGCUUUCAGAAAAUUUGAUGAGUGAUGUGCAGCAAGAGGAACUUUCAGGGAGAAAGCAUAUACUACAUCCUCUUCACCAUAUCUGUCUCACUGCUUACAUGACACUUGCCUCUGCUUACCGGUUUCGUGCCCUUAGUCUAAAAACUGGCAGUUUGCAUGGAAAAAAUAGUGAUGAUUUUUUCAGAAUGGCCAAAUCUGCAGCAGCUUAUUCAUUGGUACUUGCAGGAACUACACACCAUUUGUUCUUAUCUGAAUGUUCCUUUAUGACACCACUGUCGCAUUUUUUGUUAAGUGCUGGACAGUCCAUGUUAUUUCUUCUUGAGUCUAUCAAGGGAGAGACGAGGCAAAAUGUAUCAGAUGCUAAGUUCACUUUUUCUUCAUUUCCAGUAAGUUCUACAAAACAUGAUUCCGUGCAGUACCAUGAGUUCAGAUCAACUUGCGAAGGGUUCGGCAAGCAAAUGUUAUCUUUGUCAUUGCAUUGUUGGUCAUUUCUAGUCCAAAGUUUACCCUGCCUGAAAAAGAUUAAGAACCCCAUAGAAUUCAGUUGGCUUGGAACAGCAGUAUUUCAAUCUCUUUAUUCUUCUGAGGAAAAUUAUGCCAACCUUUCUGCACAUGAACCAGCAGCUUUCACAGAGGGACAGAAGGAGCGCAUUCUUAGUUUGGCUAUUUGUUGUAUCACCUAUUGCAAAUAUCUUGCAAGGAUAUGCUAUGGUCCACAACAUUAUCUGGCAGGUCAUGCUAAAGAUCUACUCGAAUGUACUAAAAACAAAUAUCUCUGCCUGCUUGAUGAAGAAUAUGAUUCUUGAUCUCUGUGUGGGUUUAUUUA